AUGAGUGGACCCUCCGGCAGGCUUUGCGCGGACCACAUCGCUGGCGCACUCCGGACCAGGCGGGUUCCAGUGCAUCCUGUUGCGCUUCGCACCGCCAGACCAACAUACAUCGUAGGUUGCAGGAGAAAUCUACACGGCAGGUCGUCUUACCGAUCUCGAUCGAAUCCCGUGGUUCUGCGCAGACAUGGUCGGUGGGAUGCGGGUUUCUCUGUAGGCCGGGAAGCAAGACGGUUUGCGGCGACUGCUGCAGCGAGCACUGCGGUCGAGGAGAAUGAAGCGCCGGCGGUGGAGUCGGGUCCAUUGGCAGAGUACAAUGCGAGGGUGCAGACGGGGAGGCUGAGGGACGAUCCGUACCAGAGGCAAAUCAUCGAACAGCUGCAAGAUCUAUACGAACGACUUCGGUCAUAUAUCGCACCAUCCGUUGUCCGCCCAAGCAUAGAGUCCCUCGAUUCGGCGCCGAAAAAGUCCUUCUUCGGCUCACUUUUCAGCAAGGCACCCGCGAAGCCAGAGACGUCUAUCCCGGAAAAUCUACCCAAGGGCCUGUAUAUGUACGGUGAUGUUGGUUGCGGCAAGACGAUGCUGAUGGAUUUGUUCUACGAUACGUUGCCGCCGAAUAUCUCGUCCAAGUCGCGGAUCCAUUUCCACAACUUCAUGCAGGAUGUACAUAAGCGCAUGCAUGUGGUGAAGAUGCGGUUUGGGAAUGAUUUCGAUGCGCUACCACUCGUCGCGGCUGAUAUCGCCGAGAAGUCGAGCGUGCUUUGCUUUGAUGAGUUCCAGUGUACGGACGUUGCGGAUGCUAUGAUUUUGCGGAGACUCCUCGAACUUCUUAUGUCCCACGGUGUCGUCCUCGUUACAACCUCCAACCGUCACCCCGAUGACUUGUACAAGAACGGUAUCCAGCGCGAAUCCUUCAUUCCCUGCAUCAACCUCUUAAAAACCGCCCUCGACGUAAUAAACCUCAACUCCCCUACAGACUACCGCAAAAUCCCCCGACCACCCUCAGGCGUCUACCACCACCCGCUAGGCGCUGAAGCAGAACAGCACGCCCAGAAAUGGUUCGAGUUCCUCGGCGACCCGAUCAACGAUCCUCCACACGCGACCACACAAGAAGUCUGGGGUCGUAAGAUUCAAGUACCACUCGCUAGUGGGAAGGCCGCGAAGUUCAGCUUCCAGCAGCUUAUCGGCUCUGCAACAGGUGCAGCGGAUUACCUUGAGCUCGUGAGAAACUACGAGGCAUUCAUCAUCACUGAUGUCCCUGCGAUGACGCUGAACCAGCGGGACUUGGCGAGACGGUUUAUCACCUUCAUUGACGCCGUCUAUGAGAGUCGGGCCAAGCUCGUUCUCACAACCGAGACCCCCCUGACAACCCUCUUCAUCUCGGAGACUGAAGUCAAGACUUCGCUUGAAGACGGCGGCGAACACACCGACCUCUCCGAUGCGAUGCGCAUGAUGAUGGACGACCUCGGUCUAUCAAUGAAGGCGCUCAAGACAAGCUCGAUCUUCAGCGGCGAUGAGGAGCGCUUUGCCUUUGCGCGUGCGUUGUCGCGGUUGUCCGAGAUGGGAAGUAAGGAGUGGGUUGAGAGGGGUCUGGGGAAGGAGGAGCACGAUGCUUGGCUUAAGGCGCGGAGUCGGUGGAGUGAGGAUAAUAUGUGA